CACCAUAUGCAUUUUGAUGCACGUAACGGUCGCGGAGCAAUCUCCGUUGCAAGGGAAAAAGUGGCUUUUUCGCUCUGCUAUUCAAACCGUGUCUUGCUUGGCGCCAAGUUUUCCUUUUUAGGCCUGCCAAGUACGUGCCAAAACGGGUAA